AUGGAUGACUUUGUUAUUGAAUGUCCAUCGCUAGCUGGACAAAGGAAUGUAAUUAUAAGCUCUGUGGGACAGUGGAUUGUAGGUGCCAUAGAGAAUAACGAUAUGAGGAACAUCUUAGAGAAUCCGUUAUCUUAUAAUUUAGGUGCCCUAGAUCAUGACACCAACAUAAAGAAAGCAUGGUCAAUUGGAAUUAAGGGAAAGAAAUGUCCUAGUUUCAUGAGUUCUCCUUCAAGCGUAAGUAUUAGUUCAUCACAGAACCUUGAUAGGGAGAUAGAACCUCAAGGAAAUCAUGGAUAUAGAUCAGAAGCUAUGCAUAAGAGGCUUGUUUCUGUCUCAAGUUCAAACUCAACAUGUUCAGAUCAGUCUUCUCCAUCUGCUUGUGACACCAUUUCUCAGGGAAUGCUUCAUUGCACAUGGAAAAGUGGAGUUCCAUAUUUUGUGUUCUCAGUAGAGGAUCAAAGGGAGGUUUAUGUAGCAAACMUGUGGGUUGUUGAAUCAUCAGAUGACAAGUCYCUGGAUUAUAUGUACACAUUCCAUUCAAGAACGGAUGGYCCAAAGGAACAGGUGACUUGUAGUGUGUCAGAUCUUGUUGGUAAGAUGAAGGUUUCCAGUUCUUUCAGUAUUUGCUCGAACAAUUCAAAACUCAUAGAGACCGAGUUUGUCUUGUUUGGUGCUAAUGAAAACCAUUUUCGGGAGAUGCAAAUUUCAACCCCUCCUCGCAAGAGGAACAACAAGUUUCCAAAGAGGGUUGUUGAUGUAUUGGGGACAAACCAUCCUUCCAGGGACAGGUCUUCCACCAAAUUCGGUGUGCCAAGCUCCAUACUUGAAGAUUUUGCUUGGGAGCCAUGCCAAGAUAUGUUCAACAAGCUUAAUGCAUCAAGUAGAGCUAACCUGCUACAAAACCAUCUUUUGUCGAAUCUUGAGUUGGCUGCCAUUGUUGUGAGAGGCUAUACCGAAGAUGAUUGUGAAGAGGCAACGGUCGGAGGUUGGGGCUUGAAAUUUCUCAAAAAAAAUGGAUCUCAGCAGAUUAAUACUUCAGUAGAAGCAUCUGUUUCUUCAGAAUGCUGCCCAGAUAGUUUCUUGCAAAAGAAAACCAAUUGUUCAAGUAUGCAUGUUCUACUUCCAGCAGGAAUUCAUGGUGGUCCUUGGACAAGAAAUGGUGGCCCUUCUAGUCUUAGUGAGAGAUGGAGAUCUGGUGGAGACUGCGAUUGUGGUGGCUGGGAUAUAGGGUGCCCUCUCACAGUACUCAAUAGCAGAACAAGCAUGGAAGAGGUUUCACAAGGAAGUGCACAAGGGGAAUGCAAAUCAUUGAAUCUAUUUAUGCAGGUCCGUAAUAACAGUUUUAAGCUACAAAAGUCAACAAAUUAA